AGAGGUGAAAAAAUGAUUGGAAAGAUUCUUUAUCAUCUCCUUGGAAAUGCCGCUGAAGACUUUGAAGCUGGUGAAGAAAGUUAUGAAGACCUGAUGGAGUUCGAGGAGGGAGGCUGGGUUAUAGUCAACGUCUCAGAGGACGUGACUCUGUCCGUGCCGCUGGUGGACCCCCUGGAGAACCUGUUGAUUGAACACCCUAGCAUGUCUGUGUACCAGAGGAGAUGUGAGACCACCGAAGGAGAGGGUCUGGCCUGCGAUGAAGAAGGCGACACGGCCAGGUCAGUGGCGGUGCGGCGGCACAUUUCAUGGCUUCUGGCUGCCUGGGGCAUCCCCCUCACGAGUGCAGUCCAGCUUUUGGCACUCCAGCGGUCCCAGAGCCAGGGGGAGCGCCACAAGAUGAGCCGCAGCGCCCUCAACAGGCAGAACCUGGUCAAGACACGCUUCUCCCCCAGCGAGAAACGCUACGGAUACUUCAAGCAGCCGGGCCAGCGCCUCUACAACUACUAGAAGCCUGAUCCCUGGCCUGGUGGGUGGGGUGGGUUUGUGUGUCAAACAUGUGGAUUUACGGCCCGGCACAGUGCUUUGACCCUUGACCCGGGGGCAAAUCGCUCAAUGUACUGCUGGAUCAUUUAUUUUUUUACAUGAACGUACUUGGGUUUGCUAGCCAGAUUACAUCUAAAAACCUUUAUUGGUUAUGGUUACCAAAAAUUAUUAUUACACAAACGUUCCUUGUGUAUGCAUGAACAUGUUUUCCUCUUGUUGGUACACGGCAGUUUCACUCUUUCACCAUAUGCAUCAAAUGUUUUCGGGAACAUUGUAUGAGCCACGCUGCAGAGGAAACACUCUUCUUCUUGCUCAGGUCUGAGAAGUGGAAGCAGAAAUGUGUGAUUCAGUACAAAUCCUGCUACAGUAUCAAAUUCUCAUAUAGCUGUUCAGAUUAAGUAGUUAUAGUACUAGUCACUAGGAAAAAAUUAAGUGUGAACGGUAUCCAAGUUAGAAGUUGAACGUUGAUACUAUAGUUCUUCAUUAUCUUUAAUGUGUAUCAUAUUGUGUGCCUUACAUUUAGAUGAUGUGUUUAGAUUAUGCGUUACAGGCGCUUUUCAUACCAAACAUACAAAACAACAAAAAUGAUGAUAUGUGAAGAAACAUAACUUGUCAUUUUAAUGUUUAAACGUCUUUGCAAUUAAAAUGAAUUCUGAUUAAAGAUUACAGAAUGUAUACCAUUUUAUACUUUUCAGUGGAUUCUUAUUUUUAACAUGUUACAUCAUUGAAGCCUUUACAUAAUGUAUGAAAUUGUAUUAUGUACAGCCGUUUUGUAUUUGUGAAUAUUUAUAAAAAUGUACAAAAAAAAUCGAAUAAAUCUUGUUUUUUAAA